AUAGCAUUCUACAUAUAUGCCCAUAACAAAUACGUUGUAUAUCCUUUAUGAAAUCGCCGAUGGUUUGAAUAACCAUGUCGAACCCUUACGAAAGAGAAGCCGAAGACCGCUACGAGGCUCAGAAUGAUUCCUCCCCUGUUUCUGGAACAGUCAGAGAUAAUACCUACGCCCAUGAAACGCGUUCCGAGCUAAGGAGUCAGAUCCCUGUUCAAAAGGACGAAGAUGUUGAAGAAGAUCCUAUCCAGCCUCCAUUCUCCAACAGUACGCAACAACUAGAGAACGACGAAAGAGAGGCUAUCGACAGAAGCAACAUCUUACGUGGCGACCGCUUACGUCACGCAAAGCCCCGUACUCAGGAUGGAUAUAGUGAAGGACGUGAUGAGGACGAUCUACCCGAGGAUGUUCGUUAUGGACAGUCUGGAAGAUCUGCCACGGGUGGAAUUUUCUAAUGCUUUAAAUCAUUAAAGGCCUGACGUGUAAUUCAUCUCAAGUGAAACCGUGGGCAAUGUACUGUGCCAUAAUGUACUCGACAAACAAAUAUUGUUUUAGUUGCAUGGUUAUUGAUUUGGUACUUGACAAUCGCAUAGUGUGAAAUCAGCCGCCACAGAGCCUGAGAGAGCUGAUUAUCAUCCUCUAACCCAUAGUUUGCAUCUAGUAAUCUGAUGCAUAUCACACAGGUGCAUUAGCAACACGGCUAUGACACAGCCCUCGCGCCUUGAGAUUCUUGGAAGAUACUAGCCGUAGGACGACCCUUCCGGGUUGAUAGUAAUUUCCGGGUUAGGCUACGCAUAUUUGUGAUGCGUCUUUCAUGGCGCUGCCUUGGGAGAAGCGAGGAACGCUAACCCCGGAAUCUAUCGAAUUCUCUUUCUGUAGAUACCCGACAAGUUGAUCACAUGUCUACUGCACGAUUGGCUUCUCCGUCCACUUCGAAGAGGCACAGACGACCAAGUUGAUGGAGACCCUAGAGUCCACGAGUUCUCAUGACAGGACACGCGUCUGUUACUGUGUCAGCGCUUAAGUUGAGCUGAGCAGGAAUGGCAGAUAUACCACAAAUUGUUCCAAAGACUCCUCGAAAAGCUCAUUAUUUACACCCACACCGCCUGGAUGCUCGACCGGGGACAACGGAUUCUUGACCACUAAGACAAUAUCCUCACAUUAGCGUCCGGUGAAGUCUUCCAAUUCGUGAGCUUG